AUGUCUUCAUACUUGAGCUCGUUACUGUGGGGAACCUCGCAGCUUGAUGAUGCUGUUGACAAGGCAACCUCUGAACUGCUGCCAAGCGGUUCCGAGGACAUCGCGCUCAACCUCGAAAUAUGCGACCAAAUUCGUUCAAAGUCUGCUCAGCCGAAGGAUGCCAUGCGUGCUCUGAAGCGACGUCUCAAUCACAAGAACCCAAACGUGCAACUCCUCGCCCUCAGUUUAACGGACAUUUGUAUCAAGAAUGGGGGUGACCCAUUCCUGAACGAAGUUGCAUCUCGCGAGUUCAUGGACAAUCUCGUCUCAAUACUGAAGAUGCCCGCGCUCAACCAUGAUGUCAAGAACAAGAUGCUCCGAUACAUCCAGGACUGGGCCACUGCGUUUGAGGGCAAGCCAAGUUUGAGCUAUGUGAGCGAGGUUUACAGGUCUCUGCAACGUGACGGCUUCAACUUCCCUCCGCGUGAUCCCGCUCUGACCUCCUCAGCUAUGGUCGACACUCAAACGGCGCCUGAAUGGAUUGACUCGGACUACUGUCUGCGCUGCAGGGAGCCCUUCUCGUUCACCAACCGCAAGCACCACUGCCGCAACUGCGGGUGGGUUGUUGAUCAUCAAUGCUCCAACAAGACCCUCCCUCUACCACACUUCGGUAUCGCCCAAGAAGUCCGAGUAUGCAACAGCUGUUACACUACGCUCUCGAAGAAGAACAAGACGCACCGGUCUUCGCAAAGUGUUUCUACUUCGCGGCACAGGCAUGCCCGCGACGUCGCAGACGCUGACUUGCAACGCGCCAUCCAACUCUCUCUCGAAGAAGUCGGUGCUGCGGGAGGUCAUCGUCCAGGCUAUGUCCCCUCCCCUUCCCCAUGGCAAAUCUCCGAACCACCCCUAGUCGAUCGUCCCAGCUCUCGAUAUGCCCCUCCUGCGCGCGACCAGGAGGAGGACGACCCAGACCUGCGGGCCGCCAUCGAGGCCAGCCUACGCGAAGCGAACGCGCCUAAGCCCAGCGCGCCCAUCGUAAUUGACGUAUCCGAUCGCUACACGACUCCUGAGCAAGGCCCGGGAUACCCGCAGUCAUACCCACCUUCGAGUGCCACACCGAAGCCGAGGCUGCCUACGAUACCCAAUUACGACCUGGAACCUAUGGAGGCGGACGCUAUCUUGACGUUCAACCAGACGGUGGAGCAGCUGCAGGCACAGGGCGGAAGAGACAUCUCCAGGUAUCCCGCUGUGACAGAGCUGUACGACAAGGCGAGUGCCCUACGUCCGAAGCUGGCCAUGAACUUGAGCGACACGAGCCGGAAAGAGGAAGUGCUUGUCGACAUGCACGAGAAGCUCUCGCAGGCAGUCAAGCUGUACGACCAACUUCUCACCGAACAACUCUCGCGCCCAUCAUGGAGGUCCGCACCACCUCAGGAAGCGCCACCUCAAGCUGCCUACGGACAAUACCAGCAGCCGAACGGCGCAGCAUACAACCAGUGGCAACCCGAGCCCCAGCAGGUCCAGCAGGUUUCCUCCCCAUCCAUCCAGACACAAGCCCCUUCGUACUUCUCUCAGCCAAACGGUGCACCAUACGAGCAACAACAGCAGAUGUAUCAGCCCCAAGCAACUCCCGUACUCGGCCCCAGUUCCCCGUCUCUGUCUCAGCCAGGAUACAGGCAGGAAGCCCCGCAAUACGGCGCCAUUUCUCCCCCACCGGUCAGCGUGCUCCAGUACGGCGCCUCUCCAACCCCCGCUCCUCCGCCAGUAUCCUAUCAGCCGGCCGCUCAAGCCCCGCCCCCACCCAUCCAGCACCAAACCCACCCCCAGCCUCAGUCCCAAUACUCGCAACAACCACAGCAGCAGCAGCAACACUAUGCCGCGCCUCCGUCCCCCGGCCUCGCUCGUCAUAACACCGUCGCCGCGUCCUAUCGUCCCGCUCAAGCACAGGCACCAGCGCGUUCGAACACACUUGCCCGUUCACACACGCAGACGCAGCUCCAACAGCUCCAGCAGACGUCCGUGCCGCUCCCCAGCUUCCCGCAGGUGCCUGCCACGCACCCACAGUACGCGGGCUACGACGCGUACGGCGCGAGCCCCCAGGAGCCGGAGCGCAAGGAGGCGCUGUUGAUCGAUCUGUGA